AUGCACGAGAACACAAUUUCAUUUCUACUUUUGGUCCUUUUUGUGGCCUUUGUGGUGACGACUCCGACUCAAUUAACGAAAGAAGUUUCAGAUAUAACAGAGGGUCGCGCAGUUGUUAAGAAGGAUUUGGGUCAAUUGAGUGAGAAGGAACAAAAACUAAUUGAAAUAAACGUGAAUUCUACCAAGCAGGUGAAAAUAGUUAAUACAACCUUGGAAUCUUUGGCUGAAGCAGACACAGAUACCGUUACAAUAGAAGCUGAGGAUGUCAAGAAUACUACAGAUAGAAAUAAGGACGGAAAAACAGAACCGUCAGCAGUUUGUGAAAAUGUUGCGAGUAGACCCGAACUACAGCAACAUCGGAAUAAUUUGAUUGCAACGCCGAAAUUUCAUCAUGGCGGCAGUAAACCUUAUUUACAGGUAGUUGUACCCACACAAUAUCCAUAUACUACAAGGCCGCCACAUAAUUCUGGUUAUGAUGGAGAUCACGGCUAUGGCGGGGAUUACGGUUACGGCAGUCGUCCUGGUUAUGGCGGUUAUUCUGGUUAUGGUGGCUAUCCUGGUUAUGGCGUUUAUCCGGGUUAUGGCGGUUAUCCGGGUUAUGGUGGCUUUCCUGGUUAUGGCGGUUAUCCGGGUUAUGGUGGCUACCCUGGUUUUGGUUAUCCGGGUUUUGGUAAUUACCCUGGUUAUGGUUUUGGUGGUUAUCCGAUAUUUAUUUAUCCAAAUGGAACAAUUGUCAGAUUUCCAUUUGCAAGUUCUCGUGCACUUAAUCUAGAAUCACAAACAUUUUUAGAAAAAUCAAAAUUUCACGCUGAAACACUAAGAACCACCACUGAGGCGAGUGUGGUGAAAGAAAAAAGCGGAGAGAAGGAAUCACUGCCAACAUUCUUUCGUUUUUUAAAUUUUAGUUAA